UAUGGAAGCAAAAUCGUGUGAAGAGUUCAUUCGUAAACAACUGUAUUUACAAGAGUGGUUUCGAAUUAUACGCAAUUCUCAAAGCUUCCAGUGACUAAUUAUUUAUUUAAAAAAUUGUUUAUAAGUUGAAAGCACCAAACGCUAAUUAAAAACCGUGAGCAACUCGGUAAAUUAGUUUGAUUUGAUGUUGUGCCCUUGAAAAACUGGAGAAUUCCAACAUAACCUCAAUGAUUGCAGUGUAAACAGUCAAAAGCAAAAUGAAUGCGGCAAGAAAAUCUAAGAUUAGUAUUGAAAGAGAUAUUGAUAGGAUACUGAGGUAUGAGUCUCGACGCCGAGGAAGGGAUUUACCUGAGUACGAGGAAAAACAAGUUGUGGAAACGUUAUUAGAGUAUUUGGUAUCAGCAGCUAAAUCCAAAAGGUCCAUCAAGCAUACAGACAUCAAGUGCUAUGUGAUACCAGAUCAUGCCAAGUAUUACACUAAUCUCAUGAUGAAAACCAAAGCUAUUCUUCAUCAGGUGUUUGGGUAUAAGCUAGUAGGAGUCGGUGGACAGAAGUGGAUUAUUAUGAAUAUUCAUCGUCGUGAGGAAAUUACACUUGAAGGCGAGGAUGUUCCUGCACAGACUCUACUACUCCUUGUGCUGUCACAUAUUCGAACAAGUGGAGGAUCCUGUAAAGAAGUCAGUUUGAUUAACUUCCUGGCAACGUUCAAUAUUUGGCGAGACCACGGCAGCGUUCAUCCUUACUUUGGAAGUGUGGAGGAGUUAGUGCGAAAGACAUUUGUUGAACACUUUUAUUUGCUGCGAUCUAAAGCAGGAGAAAUCAACAAAGAAACCUAUGAAUAUGCUUGGGGUCCACGAGCAAUAGCGGAGUUUGAACCUGAAACUCUGAUGAAAUUUGUUAAAACGGUGAUCAGCAAUCUUCCCGCCACUAAUUGGACACCGCAGUCUCGAAAAGUCUAUGGUGUGGAAACUCCAGGAGCAUAAAUUCCACUAAACUGGAUAAAAACAUCUAAUCCAGAGUCUGAAGGCCUCAAUCUAAUUCUUGAGUAAACGAAGCCAUAGAAAAGCUGUGACCGAUAUUACAGUGUUAAAAACGUGUGGUUAUUGAUGCCUCCUGUCACUUUCUGCGCGUGACAUGAGACGAUAGGAAUAUUUAUUUAUUUUUCUUCUUAAUUCUUUCAUCGCAUUCGGCCUUAAGAAGACUAGCGAACAAUUCAAAUGCUCAAACAUCACGUGGGACUUUUUAUAAUUCAAUUGAAAAAAAAAUUCUAGGAAUUCUUGUUUCUUUUUAUUUUUUUAAGCGACCAAUUGAAUACAUUAAGCAAUAUCGGUGGAUAAUCUCCCAAUCACAGCAGAAACGGAGAUAUUGUGGUAUCAUAGAAUUUUUAUUAAAUAAAUUAAUGGAUUUAUUUCAACUGAAUAGAA